UCUGUUUCUGAAAGCCAGCUGACAAGGCAUUUCCUCAAAUCAUUCCCACAGCUGCUACGACUCAGUGGCAUCAGAGUAUAAAGAUACAACCCAAGGGGCUCAGACCACACCGCACAGUCUUGCCAUCGCCCUGUGGUUUCUAAGCCUCAAACCCUCAAGAGUCAUGCUGUUGUUGCUGGCCUUGGCUGUCCUUGCUGGUCCCACCUGCAGAGCCCAGGACAUAUGGGGCAAUAAUGUCGGCACCUAUUUCUCCAUUCAUGGUGAAGAACAGGGAGAAAUCAAGGGCAUGAAGAUCUACUUCACAGCACUCAAACACAUCGCAGGCAUCCAGCUGCUUUUUGGCAAACACUGGAGUACUGUCCAUGGAACCACUUCAUCCACUCACAAAGAGUGGCUUCUGGAGGAUGGAGAGCAUAUAAUAAAGGUGCGUGGUAAAGUGGGUUUGUGCCUGAACUCCCUGACUUUCAUUACCAACAAGGGGAAUCAUGUUCUCUUUGGUGAAGAGAAAGGCCGUUCAUUUGAGGACAGUGCAGGUCCAGACAAGCAUCUAGUGACAAUCAAUGGCAUUCUGUCAUCAGUCUUCUGCAUCGCAGGGAUGGGCUUCAACUGGAGACAUGUCCCAGAGACGGUAGUCUCCACAACGCCUCAAAGAGAACCAACUAUCAUCCCUAACACUUCCAAAGCAAAGGAACAAAGCAAAAAUGAAGGCAAGGAUGAUAGUGAUGGAGACAAUGACAAAGAUGAUGAUGAUGAUGAUGAUAACAAUGUUUGUAAUAACAAAAACAAAAAUGAUGAUGAUGAAGAUGAAGAUGACGAUAAUAACAAUGUUCAUAAUAACAAAAAUAAAAAUGAUGAUGAUGAUGAAGAUGAAGAUGAGAAGGAUGAAGAUGAGUAAGUGAAGUAGACUGUUCAGAGCUCAGUCCUGCAUCCCCACAUUUCACCACCUCCUCUCAGUCAAGCUUAUCCACCUGGAGGGACCAAUAUACCAGCUGACCCUGGGCAGGAGGAGGCAAGCUCAAAUGGCCCUGUGUCUCUAUGACCAAUAAACUUUGUGCAUCUA